AUGGCAGUCAGUAUUAUCUUCAUCAGUGUGCAAGUUGGCAGAGCAAUGAUUUAUCUUUUACUUCUUGCAUUUUUCCUCCCUUGCUCAGCUGUAUCUGAUCCAUCAUCAGAGUGUUCAUUGCAAGGAGACUUUGAUCAACCUGCAUUCAAGUCUGAUGGAGAUAUCACAAUAGGAGGAAUAUUCCCUUUGCACUACAGAGUGGAGCUACCAACAACAGACUACAGAAGCAAACCUUUGGCAGCACAGUGUCAGGGGUUUGAUUCCAGGGCAUUACGCUGGGCUUUGACAAUGAGGCUUGCUGUAGAUGAGAUCAACAACAGUACAGUUCUUCUGCCAAACCACACUCUGGGAUACAGGAUCUUUGAUUCCUGUGCUACUCCGGUUACAGCUCAGAGGGCAGUCCUGGCUGUACUGAAUGACCAGGAUGUUGGUCAGGCCUCAUUGUGUACUCAUGGUGGUCCUUUACUCGCCAUAGUUGGAGAAUCUGGUUCCUCACAAUCAAUCGUUGUCUCUAGAACACUGCAACCUUUCAGAAUACCUAUGAUAAGCUACUUCUCAACCUGCUCUUGUCUAAGUGAUCGUAAACAAUUCCCUACAUUUUUUAGAGUAGUCCCGAGUGAUGACUACCAAGUGAAAGCCAUUGCUCAGCUCUUGAAGAGAUUUCACUGGACAUGGAUUGGAGUGGUCACUGAAGACCAUGAUUAUGGCAGGUUUGCUUUACAAGGCCUGAAGCGAGAGAUAGAAAACACUGAUAUAUGUCUGGCAUAUCAUGAAAUGAUCCCUAAAGAUUUCAAGAGGGAGCGGGUCCAUGAGAUUCUAAACGUGAUGAAACAUUCCACAGCAAAGGUUGUGGUGGUGUUUUCAGGAGAAGGGGAGUUUUACCCUUUCUUAAGAGAAUUUUUAACUCAAAAUAUCACAGGAAUCCAGUGGGUAGCCAGUGAGGCCUGGGUCACAGCCUCAAUAUUAGCUGAAACAUAUCCAUUUUUAGCUGGAACAAUUGGAUUUGCUGUCCGCCAAGGGUAUGUGCCAGGGCUGAAAGAAUAUCUGAUGACAGUAAACCCACAGGUGUACCCAUCUAAUCCCCUGGUGCAGGAGCUGUGGGAGGCUCUCUACAGCUGCACUUCUUUCUCUUCUUCUGUCAGUAGUACACAACUGCCCCACUGCACAGGGCAGGAAACAAUAAACAAGCAGCAUUCUGCCUACAUGAACACCUCCAACCCUCGUGUCACUUAUAACGUGUAUAAAGCAGUAUAUGCCAUUGCUCACUCCUUACAUAAUCUCUUUCAGUGUGUGCCUGGAAAUGGACCUUUUGAUAAUUCCGCAUGUGCGGACUUCAAUGAUGUUUAUCCAUGGCAGCUUCAACAUUACCUUCAGGAAGUGUCUUUCUCAAUCUCUGAUGAACAUGUAAACUUUGAUAUAAGAGGAGAUUCGAUUCCAUCUUAUGAUCUGAUCAAUUGGCAGAGACUCCCAAAUGGAGACAUUGACUUUAUCAAAGUGGGACUUUAUGAUGGUGCAAUGGAUGCUGGGAAAGAACUGGUUAUCCAGGAUCAAAAAGUAAAGUGGCCCGGUAAUCAGAGUAAGGUGCCAGUAUCCAUUUGCAGUAACAGCUGUGCUCCGGGAUUCAGGAAAGCUGUUCGUCAUGGGGAGCCUUUGUGCUGCUUUGACUGUGUACCAUGUGACAGUGGCAAGAUUAGUAAUCAGACAGAUUCAAUAGACUGCAUGGCUUGUCCUGAAGACUAUUGGUCCAAUGCAAAAGGAACAGUAUGUAUCCCCAAAGUCAUUGAGUUCCUGUCCCACAGGGAUACAAUGGGAAUUGUCUUGAUGGUGAUAGCUAUAGUGGGGUCUUGUCUGACAACAUCUGUGCUAGCAAUAUUCUUGCAUAAUCGAGGAACUCCCAUAGUGCGCAUUAACAAUUCAGAACUGAGCUUCUUCAUCCUGUUCUCCUUGACCCUGUGUUUCCUGUGUGCAUUGAUCUUUAUUGGAGAGCCCACAUCCUGGUCAUGCAUGCUGCGCCACACUGCUUUCAGCAUCACCUUCUCCCUCUGCAUCUCCUGCAUCCUGGGUAAAACCUUAGUGGUUCUUGCUGCCUUCACAGCCACCCAGCCUGGUAACAAUGUGAUGAAAUGGUUCGGGCCUACACAACAGAGGAUCAUCAUCUUUAGCUGCACCCUGAUCCAGAUGAUCAUUUGUGCUGCAUGGCUCAUAUCCUCCCCUCCAUUCCCCUACAGAAACACACAGUAUCAGCGCUCUAAGAUCAUUCUGGACUGCAGGGUGGGAUCUGAGUUGGCCUUCUGGUGUGUACUAGGCUAUAUUGGCAUUUUGGCCUGUUUGUGUUUCAUUUUGGCCUUUCUGGCUCGGAAAUUGCCUGGAAAUUUUAAUGAAGCUAAAUAUAUUACUUUUAGCAUGUUAAUUUUUUGUGCAGUGUGGCUGGCAUUUAUACCUGCCUAUGUAAGUUCACCUGGUAAAUUCACUACUGCUGUUGAAAUAUUUGCCAUUUUAGCCUCUAGUUUUGGCCUCCUUUUGUGCUUAUUUGCUCCAAAGUGUUAUAUUAUUUUAGUCAAACCUGAAAAGAAUACCAAACAACAUCUAAUGGGAAAGGCAACAAAAUAA